AUGGCUAGUCGAUCAUUUUCUCGUUUUGUUGAGCAAGAAAUGGGAAAGUUCCCACACUUUGUGAUCUAUGUACUACUUGAAUGGUUGUUGAUAAUCAUACUUUUCCUUGAUGGGUUUCUCGCGUUUAUUGCCAAUGAGUUUGCAAGGUUCUUUGAAUUGGAAAUCCCGUGCUGGCUAUGCACCAGGUUUGAUCAUGUAAUGGUUCACAGAAACCCUGAUUUUUAUUACAACGAGUCUGUAUGUGAGGCUCACAAGAAAGACAUGUCAUCUCUGGCGUUUUGUCACAAUCACAAGAAGCUAUCUGACAUAAGGAAGAUGUGUGAGGCAUGCUUGCUUUCAUUUGCAACCGAGAAGGAAUCAGAUUGUGACACAUAUAAAUCUCUUGUGGGGAUUCUACAUAAGGAUCUUGAAUGCUUUGUUGAGGAUGGCCAACCAAUUCAACUGAGUUUGAAGGAUGAUGGGAUCAUGCAUGUUGAUACAAGCAGUAAUCAAAGGUGUUCAUGCUGUGGGGAACCAUUGAAGGUUAAGUCUUCCAAUGCGAAAGUUAAGCAUUCAGAAUCAUUUGCACGAGCCCCAACUCCUUCACCACGUGCUUUUCCAUUUGCAACAUCAAAAACUGAUGAGCCUCUAGAAUUGCCUCACAUCAGGUAUUCAGGACUCAAGUUUAUAUCAGAUAAUGAUUCGGAGCUUCCAGAGGAAGAGGAUAGCUUCAAUGCAAAUAGUCAGAAUGUUAAAUUAAAGGAUGGCACCAAAUCUCCUAGUGUGCCUCUAUUGGCAGAAGUUGAGGAUUUAAACGAUGAGUCCUCCAAAUUAACCCCAACUUUUUCAAGGGGCAAUAAGUUCUUUGGAAUCCCACUAACAGAUUCAGCAAACAACAGUCCAAGAUGGUCUUACAGGAUUAACAGGAAAUCACCACUUGAAAAAACAGAAUUUGCCUCUGAAUCUAAUGAGGCAAAUGUUCAAAAUGAUUUAGAAGAUGCCAUCUUAAGCCAUUUGAAGAGGCAAGUUCGUUUGGACCGUAAAUCACUCAUGGCUUUGUACAUGGAGCUUGAUGAAGAAAGAAGUGCUUCAGCUGUUGCUGCAAACAAUGCAAUGGCUAUGAUCACAAAGUUACAAGCGGAGAAAGCAGCAAUGCAGAUGGAAGCUUUACAGUAUCAGAGAAUGAUGGAGGAGCAGGCUGAGUAUGAUGAAGAAGCCCUGCAAGCAACUAAUGAUAUGCUUGUCAAAAAAGAGGAAGAUAUAAAAGCUUUAGAAGCUGAAUUGGAGAUUUACAGAAACAAAUAUGGAUGCUUAGCAGAAGGAUAUGUUUUUAAGGAAGCUAAUUCAUCUCAUGGUGGCAACAAUGAAGGUGAGGAGGAUAUUGGAGAAAAGGGUCUCAAUUCAUCACAAGCUGAAAAUGGAGUGGGAAGGCUUAAUGAACCAGCCAAAGAUUUCAAAGCUGAGAAAACAUAUCUUCUUGGUCGAAUGAAGAAAAUAGAAAAUAGAACACCCUUUGCAGAAAAUGGAAUUCAUGCCUUACAAUCUAGCCCUGACAUUGUUAAUGAUGUAGACAGUGAAACAGGAAUAGAAAGCGAAGCCUCUCUAUGUUAA